AAAGUGCAGAACGGAGUUAAAGCAGGCGGGAGUUGGGGACAGAGGGAACAGCUGGGUUGGGGCGAGAUUGGCCAACCAGCCAUGCCCUGGGGGCUCCCUCUCUGAUACGCGGCGCGGCUUCUCUGCACUGGCAGCCUUCCCAGGCUCAAUCCAUGUGCCCAGCGCUUACCGCUGGAUAGAGGCAGAGCCCCGUCGGGGUCCAGCUCUCCCUUCCCUCCUCCCAGCUCCAAACUUGGUACCAACUUCAGCCAAGUUUGGCAACUCCUCCUCCCCCGACCCGUGCGUCCGGGGUGAGGAGGAGGACGGCGGGGCUAAGAAGGGGAGCAGCGGACUCCGCUUCUGCUGCCCCGGGGAUGCGGUCCCUCGGGCGCAGAGUUCCGCAUCUUCCCCAGCUGCUGCUGCUGCUGCUGCUCACCCCUGGGUUGCAGGCGCUGGCCGGGGGGUCCUCGGGGCUGUCGGAGCUGAAGGUCCGAGUGCGGCUGCCAGAUGGCCAGGUGACGGAGGAGAGCCUGCAGGCUGACAGUGAUGCAGACUGCAUCAGCCUGGAGCUACAUAAACCCGACGGGACCCUCAUCUCCUUCACUGCAGACUUCAAGAGGGAUGUAAAGAUCUUCCGAGCCCUCAUCUUGGGUGAGCUGGAGAAGGGCCAGAGUCAGUUCCAGGCCCUCUGCUUCAUCACAAGGCUACAUCACAACGAGAUUAUCCCCAGUGAGGCUAUGGCGAAACUGCGGCAGAAAAACCCUCGAGCAGUACGUCAGGCUGAAGAGGUACGGGGUCUGGAACAACUCCACAUGGACGUGGCAGUCAAUUUCAGCAAGGCAGCGUGGCUGAGCCCCCAUAUCCAUAACGUGUGUGCUGAAGCCCUAGAGGCCAUCUACACCCGAGAAGAGGACGUCAAAUUCUGGCUGGAGAGAGGUGUGGAUGGCUCCAUGUUUGAAGCGCUGCCUUCACAGCCUGAUGACCUAUCCAGCCUACGGCGUUGCCGGCUGGUCGGCGACCGAUGGAAACCUUGCCUGUGUCACUACGGGCUCAGCUUAGCCUGGUACCCCUGCCUGCUCAAGUAUUGCCACAGUCGGGAACCUAGCGGUCGCCUCUCCUCCUAUAAGUGUGGCAUCCGCAGCUGCCAAAAGAGCUAUAAUUUUGACUAUUAUGUGCCCCAGAAACAACUGUGCCUUUGGGAUGAGGACACCUAGCCAGGGCCGGGGGCACUGAGCUGGGCAGGGGUGAGAUGAGGUGCUCCCCUCUCAGGAGGAGAGAAAGGGGCUGCAAAGCCUCUCCUUUCCUCACUCAUCCCAUCUGGAGUCUCAGGCCCCUUGCUCUAUGACUGUGAAAAGGGAUGAGGUUAACACAAGGGUUAACUUAAGACCACCCCUUAUCCUCCCUAAUCCCUACUCCCUGCUCCUUUAUUGAGGGUAGGAGAAGUGCCCAAUCUAGCCCCCUCCCCUUAAGGUAUAUCAUUUUCAAGCAACAAAAAUGUGACCAUUUCUUUUAUUUAACUCUUUUACAGCUCAGACCUUAAGAAAACCCUGCUGGGGUGGGGAGAGAAGAAAGGGAAGUAUAAUAAAUCCCCUGUCUGCCCUGCCCCUCUCCUCUUCCAUUCAUACUUCUCUUCCCUUACUUAGAAGGAACCCAUACAAAUCCCUUCCUCAAGUGGCUUCUGUUUGCCGUUCCCCCCCUCCCCACUCCAGCAAGAGAACUUCUGGGGACACUCCCCCUCCAAAAGGCAUGGGGGUAGGGGUGGCAGGUGACACCAAUGAAUUACCCAGAGGUACUGAAGGAAAGAGGGGUGAGGGCCAGAGAGUAUCACAAGCCAUAGCCUCCACCCCUUAGAAAGCCAGGAAUAUGGGUGCAGGGGGUAAGGCAGGGUGGAGAGAUCUCCCUGGUCCUCCCCCUACCCAACCACAGUGCCUUUAUCCUCCGAGUCAGGACCUAGCCAACCAGUGUGAUUGCCAGCAAUAUUUUUUUUCCAUUUCAUACAAUUAUUUUUGUAAGCACAGGGGGAGGGGAAGGGGGAGGGUCAAAUUUCAGAUUUUUAAUGCAAAGUAUUUAUCGUUUGUACCAGAAAUAAAAGAAGUUUUUACUUUA